UCUGACAGUGGACAAGGAAUGAUGUCAAAGCAAUGAUAAACAAAAUCCAACAUGAUGCAAUCCCUGUGUAAGGGCUCAGUACCAGGAGAGCCACCAAAACAAAGGCGUUAUAGCAGCAGCCAGCCAGGUCUGUCCCCCAGAGGGUGCUUGCUUUGGGGGACCUGGACACAUGGCUGAGGCUUGGAAAGGUAUGGGCGACACUGGUGUACCAAAGGCUGGCUGAGGGUGAUGAGAAAUGUAGUCCACAACAUCUGGAGUGCCCAAGCUUACACAUUCCCAUCCAGGGGAUAUGCUGACAGUAUAUAAACAUGGAUGACACAUAAACUGGACAUAUAACAGGGAUUAGAUAAUUAACCCGCUGAGUGCCAGUCAGCCCUAUUAUCCAGCCUGGCAGAGCUGGUAUUCACAUAAUUAACCCGCCGAGUGCCAGGGCCAGCCAGACUGCCAUGAUUAGGUCACUGUGGGGCCCCUGGGAGCAGUCUGCCAUGAUUGGGCCCCUGUGGGUACACGGCCAGUGUGGGGCCCCUGGGACCAGUCUGCCAUGAUUGGGCCCCUGUGGGUACACGGCCAGUGUGGGGCCCCUGGGAGCAGUCUGCCAUGAUUGGGCCCCUGUGGGUAUUCGGCUAGUGUGGGGCCCCUGGGAGCAGUCUGCCAUGAUUGGGCCCCUGUGGGUACACGGCCAGUGUUGGGCCCCUGGGAGCAGUCUGCCAUGAUUGGGCCCCUGUGGGUACACGGACAGUGUGGGGCCCCUGGGAGCAGACUGCCAUGAUUGGGCCCCUGUGGGUACACGGCCAGUGUGGGGCCCCUGGGAGCAGUCUGCCAUGAUUGGGCCCCUGUGGGUACACGGCCAGUGUGGGGCCCCUGUGAGCAGUCUGCCAUGAUUGGGGCCCCUGGGAGCAGACUGCCAUGAUUGGGCCCCUGGGAGCAGUCUGCCAUGAUUGGGCCCCUGUGGGUACACGGCCAGUGUGGGGCCCCUGGGAGCAGACUGCCAUGAUUGGGCCCCUGUGGGUACACGGCCAGUGUGGGGCCCCUGGGAGCAGUCUGCCAUGAUUGGGCCCCUGUGGGUACACGGCCAGUGUGGGGCCCCUGGGAGCAGACUGCCAUGAUUGGGCCCCUGUGGGUACACGGCCAGUGUGGGGCCCCUGGGACCAGUCUGCCAUGAUUGGGCCCCUGUGGGUACACGGCCAGUGUGGGGCCCCUGGGACCAGUCUGCCAUGAUUGGGCCCCUGUGGGUACACGGCCAGUGUGGGGCCCCUGGGAGCAGGCUGCCAUGAUUGGGCCCCUGUGGGUACACGGCCAGUGUGGGGCCCCUGGGAGCAGUCUGCCAUGAUUGGGCCCCUGUGGGGCCCCUGGUAGCAGACUGCCAUGAUUGGGCCCCUGUGGGUACACGGCCAGUGUGGGGCCCCUGGGAGCAGGCUGCCAUGUUAUAUAUAGAGCUCCCGGGGGCCCCAGCCUGCUGUCACACAGCGGACAAUGCGAUGUCAGCCCUAGCUCUCCCCUCCCCCGGUACCUCGGUGGGAAUGGCGGGCUCCCGCCUGCAGCGCUCGGUCACGGUGAGUGAGUCAGGCCCCGGUGACCCCGCGGUAGGUGUUUACAUGUCUGUCCCCUCCGCCCGCUGAUCGGUAACUGUCAGCCGGUGACGCGUUCCGAAAACAAUCAGUCUCCCUCCCACAGCCAGCGCGAGGGGGCGUGGCCAGGCCGCGGAGCACGCCGGGAGUUACAGUGCGGGACGCUGCUUUACCGCCAGCAAAGAGCCGACUGGAAAUACAUUUCCCGUGCAGCCUCGGGGCAAAGGGCGUGACGUGUUCCCAAAAUGGGCGCGGCUAACUAGACAAAGAGGCCGGCCGGCUGGUUGUCAUGGUUACCGCAGGGCGCACACAACACAGAUCCCGGAUCAGCCCUGCACUGCACGUUACGGACUGCUCACAGCGCAUGCCGCACUCCGCGGGCCAGGAACGGGUAAUGAGGCUGGAGGGGAGAGAGAUUAUCUGGGUACCUAUAACAUGGUCAUGCUGAGGAGGGCAGUGCGUGAAAAGUGCUGCCCUGCAGUAUGGAGCACUCAUGUACUGCAGUAUGGGGCAAUCGUGUACUGCAGUAUGGGGCAAUCGUGUACUGCAGUAUGGGGCAAUCGUGUACUGCAGUAUGGGGCAAUAGUGUACUGCAGUAUGGAGCAAUCAUGUACUGCAGUAUGGGGCACUCAUGUACUGCAGUAUGGAGCACUCGUGUACUGCAGUAUGGAGCAAUCGUGUACUGCAGUAUGGAGCAAUCGUGUACUGCAGUAUGGAGCAAUCAUGUACUGCAGUAUGGAGCAAUCAUGUACUGCAGCAGGGAGUCACAGCUUUUCCUUAAUGAUUUAAUGCUGGAUACUGAACUGAUUGUGCCCCAUCAUAUGAAUUCUACAUACUGCAGGGCAGUACCUUUCAUGUAGCAGCCAUUAGAUGGAGGUAGUGGCAGGGGUCCUGGAGGACCAGGUUUAGCAUGAUGGCCAUGUUGAAAGAGGGGGUUGUCGAAAUGAAGGGCAGACAUUUAAAGGAAUACUAUAACUUUAAAUAUUAACAUGUGAUUUUUGAUGUUAGAUGUGUUCCUUUGCUAAUUUAGAUUGAGGCUCCCCUUUAAAUCCCCCUGUAAUCCAGCAGCGGGGACGCACUCAACAGCCAUGGUGCCUCUUCUGAGAUCAUCAAUACAGGCAAUUUCUGCCCAGUCCAGUGUGUCUCAGAGAGAAGUUUUGGGGACCUACAACAUAUUCGGCUCUCCGACGCUGCAUAGAGACAAAAAUGUAAUCCAGUACUUCUCGUAGAGAAGCAUUAGUAGCAUUUGGCAUUGUCAUGCUGAUGACACCGAACAUGAAGGGUCAACAAGGAAGAAUUAAAGGUGUUAAAGGAAGAAGCGUCUUUAGCGAAUCUCAGUCAGACCGCCAUUAUAGUAGGGGUUUACACAAAAUGUAAACAUUACCGUUUCUCUGAAAUCGCAAUGUUUUACAUUGUCACAAAAAAAGGUAUGUGCCAAAAUCACUUCAAUAAGAUAAACUUGUUUUAGUGAAUGUCCCUUUAAAACACACAUAUCAUGGAAGUCAUCGGGUAAGUCAUAUAGUGCCCUGAGGGUGCCCCCACCCUCAGGGUCCCCCUCCCGUGGCGCUGAAGGGACUUACUUUAAUCCAGCGCCAGGCUCCCUCGGCGCUGGUGACCUCUCCUCCCCCGUCUGACGUCAGUUGAGCCACAUGCGCGGCAAGUGCUGCGUGUGCAUUCAAAGUGUCCAUAGGAAAGCAUUUCUCAAUGCUUUCCUAUGGACGCUCUGCGGGAUGGAUGUGAAAUUUGCAUCCAGCGUCGGAGAUGCGCCUCUAAUGGCUGUCAGGAAGACAGCCACUAGAGGCUGAAUUAACCCCAAAUGUAAACAUAGCAGUUUCUCUGAAACUGCUAUGUUUACAUCUGAAGGGUUAAAACCUGAGGGACGUGGCACCCAGACCACUUCAUUGAGCCGAAGUGGUCUGGGUGACAAUAGUGUCCCUUUAAAGUCACACCCCAGUCCAUAAUGGCCAAACAUCUUUGCUCAUAUUGGAUUUCUAACAGAUGCUCUAGUCUCUUAUUUCCUACAUUUGCAAAGUAAGACUGGAACUGAGUCUAAUCCGUGGUGUGCACUGGUGGGCAAGCAUCUCUCUAUGCACGUUUGCACUGAUAUCUGGAAUUGCUACCCCACACACUUGCAUGUUUUCUACUAAUGUAGGAGUGACACCAUAUCCUAACCUCAUUACAGAGCACAAAUGGCUACAAAUGAGCUGUUCAGCAUAUCUGCAUGUACACUGCCCUACUCUCUGAGGAGAUUCUAAGGGCCAGUAUGCAGGUAUGAGUUUUGCAAAAUAAUGUCAGGCUGGUAAAAGCAGGGCCAGAUUAAGAGCCCAGUGGGCCUGGUGCUGACAAUUAUGACGGGCCUAAUUACAGAAUCAUAUCGACCAAAAACAGUAAAACACUCCCAAGCAUCAUGUAUCUGAUGGAGAUGGUGCUGGAGAGAAAGAAAACAGCAGCUAUAAGAAAGCACAUACCCUAGGCUAAUCUCUCACUAAUUUAUGUUUUCAUCUUUCAAGUAAAUCCAUAACCCCUAACAGCAGUGUCCAGUCAAGUAGGAAGUCAAUGGGCAUGGUAAAAGGGUGUGCCACUGACACAAAUCACAUAACCUGCCAAAAGGGGCGAACAUGCCCAAAAAGAGGACAUGUCUGCUCAAAGAAUUAGAAGACCAGCCUGGCAUGUCAGGCUGCCUGCCAAUCAUGCAGCUGGCCAACUAAGGGCAUACUAUGCAGACAGCACCCUGAGCUUGGCAUAAAUGCAUCUAAUGAUGCGCUCACUCAACGCUUUCUAAGGACUGUCCCCUAGCACUCGCUGGUCCACUUGUCUCCUUACCUUCUUACUAGCAGGCAGAAGCUCCUGGUAUAUGGUCCGGGACAGAGAAAAGCUGUAUGUAGUGAGUGUAGAAGAAAGGGAACAUGCCACCCUGUUAGAGAGACCAAAGUCAGCAUUACCACAAGCAUGAAUUCAUGACCCUAUAGUGUUAACACCACCAUCUAGCCCCCCUGGGCCCCUCAUGCCUCCAUAAAUAUAGCAAAAUCCUACUAUAUUCAAGCCUGAAGCUUUAACCCCUUAAAACCGGAGGACGUACAAUUACGCCCUCUAAUAGGCGGCUCUAAACGCCGCCGGGCGUAAUUGUACGCCCUCCGGUUUUUGUUAACUUACCCGGUCGCCGGCGGUCCCACGCCGGCGAUCGCGGUUGGGGGGACUCCCAGGGAGCCCCCCGCGGCACCUCCGUCCUCCUGGAAGCCCCCCGGCCAUGUGAGAGUGGGGUCCUAGCGAGGACCCCACAAUCACAUGGCCGGGGAUAGCUGGCUUCUGUAUUGCCGGCAGGGGGGCUGCCUGUAAUUACAGGUGGUCCCCCUGCUGGCUGGAAAUAAAAAUAAAAUAAGUUAAUGGUGUAAAAAAAAAAAAUUAUAUAUACUUAGAUCAUAUAUAUAUAUUAUAUAUAUAUGAUCAAAGUAUAUAUAUACACAUAUACAUACACACAUGUACACCGUCUAGGUGUAUUUUACUAUUAAUAUAUAUAUAAUUAUAUAUAUAUAUUAAUAUCAAAUUACACGUAGACUGAUACUGAUUAAAUAUAUAUAUAAUUAUUGUUAUAUAUAUAUUUAUAUAUAAUAUAAAAAAAAUAAAAUGUAAAUACGUUAAAAAAUAAAAUUAAAAAAAUAAUUAAAAAUAAAUAAUUAAAAAUAUAUAGAUGUGUGUUAUUUCGUUCUAACUGUAUUGUGAAAUUAAUAUAUAUAUAUAUAUAUAUAUAUAUAUAUAUAUAUAAAAAUACACGUAGAACGAAAUAAUAUAUAUAUCUAUACACAUAAAUAUAUACGUAUAUAUCACUAUAUAUAUACCUAUAUAUAAAUAAAAAUAUUUUAAAAAAUUAUAUAGAUAUAUACAUAUAUAUACACAUACGUAUAUAUAUACAUAUAUUAAUUCUACAUAUAUAUUUAUGUAAUAUUUUUACAUAAUUAGGUAUCUUAAUUAAUUACAAUUAGCAGGACCUGCAUGACAACCCAUGCCGAAAGUAAAGGGAAUUUAAUUUGCUAGCACUAUAUUUAACCCUAUAACUUUCCGAGACACCAUAAAACCUGUACAUGGGGGGUACUGUUCUACUCGGGAGACUUCGCUGAACACAAAUAUUAGUGUUUCAAAACAUUAAAAUGUAUUACAACGAUGAUAUCGCCAGUAAAAGUGACGUUUUUUGCAUUUUUCACGCACAAACAGCAUUAAACGGACAAUAUUAUUGCUAUGAUACUUUUUACUGUUUUGAAACACAAAUAUUUGUGUUCAGUGAAGUCUCCCGAGUACAACAGUACCCCUCAUGUACAGGUUUUAUGGUGUUUUCAAAAGUUACAGCGUCAAAUAUAAGGCUUGCGUUUCAUUUCUUUCACAUUAAAAUUCGCCAGAUUGGUUACGUUGCCUUUGAGACCCUAUGGUAGCCCAAGAAUGAAAAUUACCCCUAUGAUGGCAUACCAUUUGCAAUAGUAGACAACCCAAGGUAUUGCAAACGGGGUAUGUCCAGUCUUUUUUAGUAGCCACUUAGUCACAAACACUGGCCAAAAUUGGCAUUUUUUGCAUUUUCACACACAAACAAAUACUAACGCUAACUUUGGCCAGUGUUUGUGACCAAAUGGCUACUAAAAAAGACUGGACAUACCCCAUUUGCAAUACCUUGGGUUGUCUACUAUUGCAAAUGGUAUGCCAUUAUAGGUGUAAAUUUCAUUCCUGGGCUACUAUACAGUCUCAAAGGCAACGUAACCAAUCUGGCGAAUUUCAAUUUCAAAUGUAACGUUCUAUAUUUGACCCUGUAACUUCCCAAAACGCCAUAAAACCUGUACAUAGGAGGUACUGUCUUACACGUGAGACUUUACUGAAUAUAAAUAUGUGUAUUUUGUUGCAGUAAAAGCAAACAGUAUUAUGACACUGACCGUUAAAAUAUAAUGUAGAACUAAAAAAAUCCAAAAAAAACGUAUUUUCUCCCAUUUUUUUCAUAUUAAAUUAUGUUUCAUAGCUAAAUAUUUGAUAUUAAAUGAAAGCCCUGUUUCCCCUGAAUAAAAUGAUAUAUAAUAAGGGUGGGUGCAUUUACUAUGAAAGAGUAUUACGGUUGGACAGACAUGUAGCGCAAAUGCCAGGUUUUGUUUACAUUUUGUUUUGUUCACAAUGUGUACAUUUGGCUCCGUCCUUAAGGGGUUAACUCUGCAUGCUGUUAGACUCAUAAAAACAAGCAGUCUGCUGACAUCAUUAGAAGUGGUGGCCUGAUCCAAUCACAGUGCUUCCCCAUAGGAUUGGCUGAGACUGACAAAGAGGCAGAUCAGGGGCAGAGCCAGCAUGAUUCAAACACAGCCCUGGCCAAUCAGCAUCUCCUUAUAUAGAUGAAUUUAAUUAAUGAAUCUCUAUGAGGAAAGUUCAGUGUCUACAUGCAGAGGGAGGAGACUCUGAAUGUUUGGAUGCAUUUUAGGCAGCCAUGACCCAGGAAGGAUCUCUAACAGUCACCUAAGGAGUGGCCAGUGAAGUUAUCACUAGGAUGUAAUGUAAACACAGCAUUUUCUCUGAAAAGACCAUGCUUACAGCAAACAGCCUGAUGGUAAUGAUUCUACUCACCAGAACAAAUUCAAUAAGCUGUAGUUGUUCUGCUGACUAUAGUGUCCCUUUAACUAUAUUCAUUGUCAGCUAGUCCACACAAGUUUACAUCCCUCUUAAGUUUCCAUACUUAAGUAAGAGUAUGUGAAAAGUAGUUAGGGUUGCCACCUUUCUUGGAAAAACAAUUUGCAUAAUUAAAUAUGUAAAACAAGGAGUGACAUAAGAGAAAAUGCUGUAAAAUCACCAAAAAACUAUUUAGUUUAAAUCUGCUGUAAAGAUGGAUUCCUCCCAGUGCCCCCAUAUGUCGAUUACUCCAGUCCUCAGUGUUCCUAUGUAUCAGUGUCUCAGUGCCCCAUGUCUCCCAGUGUCCCAAGUGUCGUGUCCCCAGGCCUCCUUUUUUGCCUUCCCUAUGUAUCAGUGUCUCAAUGCCCUAUGUCUCCCUGUGUCCCCAUGUAUCCCAGGGUCCCCAUGUCACUAGGACACUAGGAAGACGGGGAGACCUGGGGACACGGGGAGACCUAGAGACACGGAGACACCAGUGACACUGGGAGACUAGGGGACUCUGGCUGGGACACAUGGGGACAAUGGGAAAAUAGGGGACACUUGAAGACAUGGGGACACAGACACCAGGGACAAAGAUACUAGAGACACUGGCUGGGGGACAUGGGGACAUUGAGACAUGGGGGCACUGGGAGACAUGGGGACACAGACACCAGGGCCACAGACACUAGGGACACUAGCUUGGUGACAUUGUGACACUUGAGGCACUGAGAGACAUGGAGGCACUAGGAGACAUGGGGACAGUGAGACACUGGCAGACUGGGGGCACUGGGAGACUAGGGGUCACUGGAAGACUAGAGGCACUGAGACACCAGGAACACUGGCUGGGAGACAUGGGGACAUUGUGUCCCCAUGUGUCUGUGUCAUAAUGUCUCCCAAUGUCCCUUAGUGUCUCAGUGUCUGCCAUAAUGUCUCCCAAUGUCCCUUAGUGUCUCAGUGUAUGUCUCCUUGCAGCCUUUCCCCAUCCCUUACUUCCCUGAGCUGUAGGCUGUCUCUGCAGGGUGGGAGUUGCUGUCUGGACUCUCUGUAGCUGCACCCCUGCAGAUCAGUGAGUAUAGAUAGGCAGGGAGGGAUAUGCUGGAACUUCCUAUACCUGCCUGUCUCCACAUGCAGCGACCCCUACUGGCCAGUGCUGGUAUUGCAUAGUAAUUUCCAUUUAUACUGAGAAAAAUACCAGCAUUUAUAUUGCCAGUAUCACUGCAAUAUUGGCACCAGCCAGGCAGCCUCAAAUACUGGCUGUGCCAAUAAAAUAAAAGCCAGGUGGAAUCCCUAAGAGUAGUGUGUGAAAAAAAAAAUGUAAAAAAAUUAUUAUUAUUUUUUUUUUUUUUUAAAUCAAUGGGCCUAUUCCAUGGGCCUGGGCCUGGAGCUGCAGCUCCAUCAGCCCCUAUGUUAAUCCGGCCCUGGGUAAAAGGGGAUAUCAAACAUCUAGAUUGCCUUGUGGCUCUAUAUGAAAUUUACAUGGGCAGUCAGAGGAGCAGCAGUUGAAUAUUCUUUUUAAACAUAAUCUAUUUUACAGAAGCAUUAGCAGAGUUCAGUGUCAUUAUGCAGUGCACAGUGAUGCACAAACUUCCUCUUAAGGAAGUGGCAGGCACCAGAUACAUGUUGUAAACAUCAGAUAUAGGGACUUCUAUGUACUAAACCAUUACAUUAAAAUGUAGUGAUUUUGGUGCUCGGAGUCUUGUCGUAGGCCAAAACACAUCACUUGUUAGUUGUAUCUGCACGGCACGCAUGUUACAGCCACAUAUACAUUUUGUAUACAACAAUCAGAAUUUCUGUGUGUGUUUAAAAUCCAUUUUGCAUUGAAAUGUUGAUGGUUCAUAAUAAAUAUUUAUAUUUUCUCUCCAAGGCAUAUCUUUUGAAGGAUCAUCUCCAGAUCUAGGCACAAAUAACAAAUGGCUAACAUGGGGCAGCCUUGUCACAACAUUGGCAAUCCUGUGUGUUCCUGCGUGGGGAAUCCAAACCUUUCUCCCAACAAUAUAUUCCAAGCCAAGCAGCAAAACAUUCUGUUUAAAACUUCAGCUAGUGAAUAUGGAGCCCUGCGACCUUCCCCUGAAAUGGCACCGUGCUCACACCAUCCAAUAUCUCAACAAUUCUCCGAACCAUUGGGCACCUGUGGAAUGUAUCGCAACAACUCUUUAAACACUGCCGUUGACAGAAGCAGGGUGCAUGACUGGAUAAACCUACAACAUACAUUAUAAUCUUCCAGAAUUCUGCAACUGUGGUAUUUAGAAUAUGGUAUUUCAUACCACUAUAUAAAUUUAGUUUGUGUUGCUAGAUCACUGGAAUUGUACAAAAUGCCUGGAGAAACUUUCAUAAGAUGUGAUUUAUUAAAUGUCGUCUCCCAUAAAAAAAAAA